GCCUGGCUUUCCAACCGAUCACCGAAGAAGAUGACGCAGCGCACCUGACAGGCUUGUUUUUAGCUUGUUAGCUAGAGAGCUACAUUUCUAAUCGCUUAUAAACUGUCCCUCGCUUUCAUAACCAAAUAUUUCCGUGGGAUAUAAAAGUGUACAAAGGUCCCGAAUCAAGAAGAAAGAAGACGACAGAGGCAGAGCAGUCAUGCAGAUCACACUGAAGACUUUGCAGCAGCAGACCAUUCAAAUAGACAUCGACGAUGACCAGACGGUGAAGGCAUUGAAAGAGAAGAUCGAGGCUGAGAAGGGCCGAGACAGUUUUCCGGUAGCGGGACAGAAGCUCAUCUAUGCGGGGAAAAUCCUGCAGGAUGACACGCCCAUCAAGGACUACAAAAUCGAUGAGAAGAACUUUGUGGUGGUGAUGGUGUCAAAGACGAAAGCAGCAGGACCACCCGCCCCACCCUCAGAACCACCCAAAUCUGUCGCAGCGUCUUCCUCUUCCUCAUCUCCUCCUCCUCCUCCGGCCCCUGCAGCCAUCCCCAUCCCGAGUGACGAGCGUUCAGAAGACCCGCCUGCAACCGUCUCACCUGUACAGAGUCCCGAAGAUCGCACAGGUCAGGUGGCUGAUGGGGAAGAUGCGUCUUCAACAUUAGUUACAGGUCAAGAGUACGACGCCAUGCUCACAAAUAUCAUGUCCAUGGGCUAUGAGCGAGAUAAAGUGGUGGCUGCGCUCAAGGCCAGUUAUAACAACCCUCACCGCGCUGUGGAGUAUCUGCUGAAUGGGAUCCCCACUGUCCCGGUGCAGGAGACCCGUCCUGCUCCAGUCCAGCUCCCCACAGACACACAGCCCACUGAAGGCGAGAACCCCCUGGAGUUCCUGCGCUCUCAGCCUCAGUUCCAGAGCAUGAGGCAGGUGAUCCAGCAGAACCCGUCCCUCCUGCCGGCCCUCCUGCAGCAGCUGGGACAGGAGAACCCCGAACUCCUGCAGCAAAUCAGCCAGCACCAGGAGCGCUUCAUCCAGAUGCUGAACGCACCGGUGGGCGAGGGCGAGGGCGGAGAGGGGGCAGAGUUUGGAGAUCUGGGGGCUAUCGGUGACGAGGCAACGCCCGAGAGUUACAUCCAAGUGACGCAACAAGAGAAAGAAGCCAUCGAGAGGUUAAAAGCUCUUGGGUUUUCAGAAGCUCUGGCGGUCCAGGCGUACUUCGCCUGCGAGAAGAACGAGAACCUGGCCGCCAACUUCCUGCUCAAUCAGAAUUUCGAGGACGAAUGAGAGUCGUGGAGAGCUCGUGUUCCCCUCCCCUCACACACCACACAAGCACUGCAUCUACUCGGGACAUUAUUUCUUUAAGUUUACAAGUCAAGGGGCGACUGGCAGAGCGGUCGGGGACGGGGCGGAUGCAAUCACACGGUGAACAAAUUCCAAUGGAAUUGACGGCAUUUGGGUUGAAUGCACUCUAGCAUGUUGAAGGGUGUGUGUGUGUGUGUGUGUGUUCCCUUAGGGAAUAUUUGACUAAUUCAGCAUCAACGCUCUCAUCGUAGUAUUAUGGGCUGAGGAGGUUAGAGGUAGGCAUAUGCAUUUGCUUGUUUUUAGUGGGGGAAAAGGACUAAUAAUACGAGUCUAAUGGAGGAUUUUAUAUAUUUCUCUAAAACCCAGAGCUAUUUCUGUAUUUCUCCCAGCACACACCUCUAAAGAAUGUGUAUAACAAUAUAUGAAACAAAUAGCGCAUCCAAAUUCUAUAACAUUGUCCGCAACGCAAAAUGACCUGAAUCGAUGCUGUUUUGUAAAUGAAUCCAUAUCGUGUCGAAUAUCAUAAUCUGAGUGAUGAUCUUUUGAAUGUACACCGAUGGAGGAUGUCGUGAAACACAAGACUGUCCUAAUACUAAAUUUGUCUUAUUUAAAUUCAACAUGAAAUGGCGGAAAUCGCAAACUCUUUCUGUAAUGUGACGAGUUCAACCUAAUUACAAAAAUGUAGAAUGUGUCUGAAAAAUAAGGGAUUCGUUCCUUCUCGUCUGACAAGUUAUUUUGAUGAAAGAUUGCACUGAAUACCGUACGUUUCUAAGUCACAAGAAAGUGAAUAGUCAAUUUCAUGU